AGGGGCCACGCUGGGGAGGCUGAAGCGGCAGAGCCGGUGGCGCGUUGAAUGCUGGGCCGCAGCCCUUGUCGCCGUUGGCGGCGACACCGCCCGCUCGGCCGGGGCUGCCCCCCGCCUCCGGAGACAUUGGAGACGCUGACUCCGAACUCCGGGAAGAUCUUGGCUUCGGAAGUCCCGGAAGAUGGGACGCACGAGAUGCACACUCCCUACACACCCAGCAGUUGCCGGCAGUCUUUUAAAGGGAAGCUCUUUGUACCGGCCUGAGGAAGCGUCGAGUACAGAGAAUUUGCGACCCAGAGGCGAGGAGCCCUGCCAGGUCUGGGUUGGCCUUCGCCACCCAGGCACACCCCCCUCCGUCUCACGGACUUGGCUUCCUUUAAGGAAGAAAUACUGUUAAGUUUCUGAACUGGCCUGUGGACAGCGCCUGUGAAUCUGGGAAAUCCAGAGAUGGAGUCCCCAGCCUACCCGCUAGACAUGACUCCAAAAGAAGAGCAAGAGGAGGAGGUUCGGACCCAGGGAUUGGAGAAUGGCCCCCCUAUAGAUAUGCAGAAAGUACUGAUUGGUUCCAAAGGCUCAUGGGUACCAGCCCUAUUUGAUGAGGUGGCCAUAUAUUUUUCGGAUGAGGAGUGGGAAGUUUUGACAGAGCAACAAAAAGCCCUCUACCGGGAAGUCAUGAGGAUGAAUUAUGAGACCGUCCUGUCCCUGGAAUUCCCAUUCCCUAAGCCAGACGUGAUCAGUCGGUUGGAGAGGGAAGAGCAGUACCCUAGUUCUGAUGACUGGCGGCUCCAGGGAGUAACCUUUGCAGAAAGUGAAGAAUCUGACUUUAACACUCCACAUUGGGCAAGCCCAAUGACUGCCACCUCCCAUUUCCCUCAACCUCAGCAAUUCAACAGCUUUUGGCAUCUGCCUCGGGACAUCACUGAGCUGCCUGAAUGGAGUGAGGGGUACCCCUUCUACAUGGCCCUGGGCUUCCCAGGGUGUGACCUCUCAGCUGAUGACUUGGCUAGCAGGUUUCAGUUCAGUAGGGGCAUGCGCCGCAGCUACGAUGCUGGGUUCAAAUUGAUGGUGGUGGAGUAUGCUGAAACCACCAACAACUGUCAGGCUGCCAAGCAGUUUGGGGUAUUGGAAAAAAAUGUUCGAGACUGGCGAAAAGUGAAGCCACAGCUCCAAAGUGCCCAUGCCAUGCGGCGGGCAUUCCGAGGCCCUAAGAAUGGGAGGUUUGCUCUGGUGGACCAGCGUGUUGCUGAGUAUGUUAGACACAUGCAGGCCAAAGGGGACCCCAUCACCAGGGAGGCAAUGCAGUUGAAAGCUCUUGAAAUUGCCCAGGAAAUGAACAUUCCAGAAAAAGGAUUCAAGGCAAGUCUGGGCUGGUGUAGAAGAAUGAUGAGAAGGUAUGACCUAUCUCUGAGGCAUAAAGUGCCGGUUCCCCAGCACCUGGCCGAGGACCUGACUGAGAAACUCAUCACUUACCAGCAGAGCGUGCUGGCUCUGCGCCGGACACAUGACUAUGAAGUGGCACAAAUGGGCAAUGCAGAUGAGACACCCAUCUGCUUAGAAGUGCCCUCUAGAGUGACUGUAGACAACCAGGGUGAAAAGCCUGUCUUGAUCAAGACACCAGGUAGGGAGAAAUUGAAGAUCACAGCCAUGCUGGGUGUCUUGGCUGAUGGGAGGAAGUUACCCCCAUACAUCAUUUUGAGGGGAACAUAUAUUCCCCCUGGGAAGUUCCCCAGUGGCAUGGAAAUCCGCUGCCACCGCUAUGGGUGGAUGACUGAGGACUUGAUGCAAGACUGGUUGGAAGUUGUGUGGAAACGGAGGACUGGAGCUGUGCCCAAACAACGAGGGAUGUUGAUCCUGAAUGGCUUCCGGUGUCACGCCACCGACUCGGUGAAGAGCUCCAUGGAGAGCAUGAACACAGACAUGGUGAUCAUCCCAGGUGGCCUGACCUCACAGCUGCAGGUGCUGGAUAUGGUGGUCUACAAGCCUCUGAAUGACAGUGUCCGGGCCCAGUAUUACAACUGGCUUCUGGCGGGGAACCUGGCACUGAGCCCCACUGGAAAUGCUAAAAAACCACCGCUGGGCCUCUUCCUGGAGUGGGUCAUGAUGGCAUGGAACAGCAUCUCAAGUGAAUCAAUUGUCCAGGGGUUCAGAAAGUGCCACAUCUCCAGCAACUUAGAGGAGGAAGAUGAUGUUCUGUGGGAAAUUGAGAGCGAGCUAUCCAGAGAACCACCAAAAGAAUGUGAUCCUGAAAGUGUGGCUGAGGUCAACUGAGGGAAGAGCUGAGGUAACUGGCCAGCAGUAGAUCUCACCAUCACUGGUGCCCCAGUCAUGUCUAACACUCACCCUUUUUCUGGCCAUGAGUUUCUCUUUUCCAGUUCUGUUCAAAAAAGCCUGCCAUGCCACAGUGUAGACAACAGGUCAUCAACAUUUUCUCUUUGGUAUUUUGUUCUGUGGCCUGGAUCCAGGAACACCUAUGUAGUGGGUAAGAUGACAAGGAGCUGCCGAAACACUUCACAUGAGAGCAAUACUACUGCAGAAAGUUACUUGGUCCAACAGUGUUCCAUUCACAAAGUUUGUCUGGGAAGAUAACUUUCUUCCCUUAAAAAUUCUGAACUUUUAUGGCUGGUCUGUGUGCUUGCAUUACUUAACAUAGUUGUACUGCCUGUUCCUGAUCUGCAGGACCAUGACCCAGGGAGAGAGUGGAGUCUGCUUUAGUACCUCUGAGCCUCAGCUCUGUGUCCUGGGGUGAUCAACCCAUGCCCACCAGGGAGAUAAUAAUAUAUAUUGUUUGCUUUCCUCUAGGGAAUGUUGAGAGUUUUAAAACAUCAUCUUAGUCUCAUGGAACUUAGCUGGGGUGAGCCAUUACAAUCAGUUCCUAUUGUCAGCAGAUGUCUGAAAAGUGUUAAUUCGGUCUUAAAAAUGCUGCAGAGCUGGCUCAGCAGUGAAGAGAAUGUGCUGCCCUUGCAAAGAACCAGAGUUUGGUUCCCAGCACCUGCAUCAUGCAGCUCAUCAUCACCUGUGACUCCAGCAUCAGGGGAUGGACCCAGGGACCUCUUAACCUGCUAGGCACCUGUAGUCACAUGCUCAUUUCUACACAGAAACACAGUAUAUAUAUAAAAUUAAAAAUAAAUCUUUGGGCUCGAGAGAUGGCUCAGCAGUUAA